AUGGUCACGGCCAGCGGUCUCGCCAAAAAGGGAGCGCGACUGAUCGGGGCUCAUGCUCACGAUGGGCUCCCCACGACACAGGGAAGGUCGGGCGGUGUUCGGUUAAAGGGGCAGUGCGGCCAAAUGGCUGCGGCGACCGUCAGCAACAAGAUUCCGUGCCAUUGA